UCCAUACUCCAGACUCCAGAAGCAUAAGCCUGUGCAGUGUGCAUCAUCAAAUCCCGCUGGCAUAUACGUCAUCGUUUUAGCCUUUUCCUCCCUUUUGAGGUAUAACGGUGAGGUUUAGAGAAUCGUUAUCUUCUUGGCUUCCGAGUUGGAAUAACGCAUCCUGAGUUAGAUAACUCGAAGGCAGAAAGAGGAAAAUGCCGAAGAGAACAACGCACACAUACUCGAGCGAGGACGCAGCUCCUGAUGGUCCAGACUCCGAUCUCUUUGUCUAUUACUGCAAGCAUUGUGGCUCUCAUGUCCUUAUUACCGAUACCCAGUUGCAGAAAAUGCCGAAAAGGAAGACUGACAAAGCAUAUGUAUUAGAUAAGAGGAAGCAUCUUGCAAGAUUGAACAUUAAUGAGGCUGGAAAAGUUCUCUUGAAACGGGGUGAAGGGAAAUUGGAGAAGCAAUUUCGUAUGAACUGUAUGGGUUGUAGCCUGUUUGUCUGCUAUCGUGCAGAAGAAGAUCUGGAAACUGCUUCUUUUAUAUAUGUUGUUGAUGGAGCACUUAGUACAGUUGCUGCUGAAACAAAUCCUCAGGAUGCUCCAGUGCCGCCGUGUAUAUCUCAGUUAGAAGGAGGACUUGUUCAAGUAGCUAUUGAAGUGGAAGACCGUGCACAACGUUCAGCAAUAACAAGAGUGAAUGCUGAUGAUGUUCGAGUUACUGUAGCUGCACCUGCAGCCCGUGGGGAAGCUAACAAUGAACUUUUGGAAUUCAUGGGCAAAGUGUUGGGUCUAAGACUGAGCCAAAUGACUCUUCAAAGGGGAUGGAAUAACAAAUCAAAACUCCUUGUUGUGGAGGAUUUGUCUGCCAGAGAGGUGUACGAGAAACUUUUGGAAGCUGUACAGCCUUGAAGCUGACUUCUGAAUGGAUCGGGACUGUGUUAGUGUUGAUAAAUGAGCUGCAAGAGAUUACAUAAUUAAAUAUUGAUUAAAAUUGAAAUUUAGAGUUUGAACCCGAUGGAAAUGGACAACUGUUCAACGAGUGUAAUUGUAUUAUCUGAUGCACCAGGAUAGAAUUUUGUUUGAUUGAUUCUGUUUUGAUGAAAUUACAGUUGCAAAAAGUUAAGCUGGGUUGGCAGUAAUCAGAUUCAAUUCAUCUCC